AUGACUGCCCUUGUAUACCUUUUCAUUGUCCUUCUGAUCGUCUUGGUCUUCGCCAAAGGUAGAGUCCGCGCUGGUCAAGUACCAAUCUCUGUCAAUUACCACUUUUCUCGGAAAUGUAAUAAAGAAUGUUUAUUCUGCUUCCAUACUGCAACCACAUCUCAUAUUGAGAGUACAGAGAAUGCCAAAAAGGGUCUAUUACUCCUUAAGCAGGCUGGCAUGAAGAAAAUUAACUUUGCUGGCGGGGAGCCCUUUCUUUACCCAAAAUUUCUUGGCGCAAUGAUAGAUUUCUGCAAAGACGCUCUUUCUUUGGAAUCGGUCUCUAUUGUCACCAAUGGAAGUCUUGUCAGGGAAUCAUUUCUCCGGCAGCAUGGUCACAACAUUGAUAUCCUAGCCGUGAGUUCCGAUUCGUUCAACGAGGCUACAAACAUCAAAAUCGGACGUGGAUCUGGUAAUCAGGUGGAAAAGCUGUAUGAAAUCGCUACUUGGUGCGAAAAAUACGGCAUCAAGUUCAAGCUCAACACGGUGGUGAAUAAGUUCAACCAUUUGGAGAACAUGAAUGGGCACAUCAGCGCCCUUCAGCCAUUUCGAUGGAAGUGCUUUCAAGUAUUGAUUGUGGCCGGAGAAAAUGAUUCAGAUGAUACUCUUCGCAACGCUCACAAGCUUACCAUCUCUGACGAUGAAUUUGACCAAUUCUGCCAGAGACACAGCGACCAAAGGUGCCUGGUUCCGGAGCCUAACAGGCUGAUGGCAAAGUCCUAUCUGAUCCUUGAUGAAUACAUGCGUUUUUUGGACAGAAACGGCAAACAACCAUCAAAAUCCAUCUUGGAGGUCGGAGUGAAAGACGCUCUAAAGGCCGUCUUUUGGGAUGAGGCAGCAUUUGUGGAACGAGGAGGCAUCUACGACUGGAACAAAUCGUCUUGCUCCUCAGAUAGCCAGGAGUUCGAGUGGUGA